AUUAAAGAGUCGGAAUUUAACUGCGCUCCCCCUAGUUCCAGUUUUUUUAAUUUACUUUACACCCGACGGACGCCGACGUGAAUUCCCCUGAACUGCCACUGAGAAGUUCACCUGCAGCAGGCAGCCAGGCUUCAUUAAAGUCUGGGAAAUGAGGAGUCAACACCUGGGAUCACCUAGCAGAUGACAGCCCCUCCCUUCGUGCCAAACCACAGCCCUCACCCUCGACACUCAGCCACAUUUCAAACCCAAGGAGGCCCGAAGCAUUUUCACUGGUACCAAGGUGACAGGAGAGAGGUGUUUGUGACGGGCUGCGUAUAGAGCUCUGCAGGUGGUGCCCUCCAACUGAACAACAGUUCCAGUGACAUCAGUGAUUGGACGAUUUCCCCGUCUGUCACUUCAGUGGGCCGGCAGUUGUUUUCUAUCACCUGCAUGUAGCUGCAAGUGAAGCAGAGCAGUGACCUGCAGCUGCACGGAGGAAUGUGACAUAUACGAGAUUCAUGUGGUCUGCCAGUGGUGACUGAGCUUUCGGAUGUUUAAAUUCUCCAAAGAAUCCAUUCAUGCUAUAAAAGAACCAUCACCUGCUUUAUCUCUGGUAAUCAAAUACCAUUAUGGAGAGCACUCACACCACCUUACACCUCUACACCCCUAUCAGCGAGAGGAGCUGGGGGAGUCCAUCCCUCUCUCUCUGCAGGGGCCCAACUUCCCCCUCUAAAGCCCCUCUCAGCUUCAAGCAGAGACUAACCUCAAACUGCGAGGAGGAGGGUCCAGUUGAAACAGUGAAGGGGGGUCAAGCAGACAAAUUCGGCCUUACAGACUUUAAAGAAACCCUCAAAUCGUUGGAUGACUCUUCUGAGAUCCACUGGCUGACAGAGUUGUUACCAUUGUGUUUGGAGUGCCAGGCUUUCAUGAGCAUGGGAAACCAACAGGGCACAAAACUUAAAAAAAACUUUCAUUGUUAUGCAGAGAGUCGGGCUACUUUACCCAAAUCCCCCAGAAUCCAGAUCCCUCGGAAGAGAAGGAGAAGAGCAGAGGGGCUAGUUUACACCGGCACCCUUCACCAUAACCUCAAGAUGACACCCGGGACUCCUCAGAUGCCUUUGAAGGCAAGGAGGCUGACAAAACUUCAGAUGACGAGCUCUCCUACGUUCGGGGAGUGGGACUUAGAGGAAGCAAGGCCAACCAUCGGCACUCCUGCAGCCACGAGAAAGAGAGUUACUGGGAAAGAAAGGGAGGAUAAAAGUGCUUCCACACUAGAGUUAAAACCAGCAUGGAGGGUAAAGCUGCCCGAUGCCUCGUCUGCAAAUUCUCCUAGAUCUUACGACCCUUUCUCUCACAGAAAGUAUUUGCCUGUAAAGGAUGAAUAUGCUCUUGCUGAUUCAGACAGUGACCUUUCUGAAUAUGACAAUGAUAUGUACUCAAUGUAUAUCUCUCAGUCCAGUCUUGACCGGACUAGGAAGAUUGAAGAGAGUACCAGGAAUACAGCAAAAGCCCAGAUUACCCAGUCAGCAUCCCAGAAACAUGAGGAAAAGAAGAUAGAGGUUGGGGAUGUGAAGUCCCCUCAGUGGUGUUUUGAAGAGUUGGGGAAGAGAGCUGUAGCACGGCGAGUAAUGGGCAAAAUUGAGGAAGUUGAAGGAAUCAUACAAAGGGUUAGUCUCACCAGUUCGGACUGGAUCAAAGAAGGUAGAGAAGGCAGUGAUGAGCCCAGGUUUAUCCCAGAUGGAUAUGUUGGUGAGGAAAAGCUCCAAAUCCUGCAACAGAGAAACAGUCCUGAAUUCAGCACUGAGUCCCUAAUGGAGACCCAUAACAAGGUGCGCAAUGCAGACAACCCUCUCGUGGUUGAAGAACUUCGUGUCCUGGGUGAAGCUCUGAGCCAGAGCCUCCAUCGGGCCCUGAGGAUGGAGGGAGCAAAAGCAGAAACUGAAGCAUUCAUAGAGGAUAAACAGACUUUUUGUGAGCAGAACCCCAUGGUAUCAAAAAGGAGGCCUCUGAAUCUACCAUCAUAUCCUUACGACUUCAACUGUAACUGUUCAAACAGUUCUUCACCCUCUCUUUCAGCUGGUGGAGAAACCUCCCCCAUACCCUCGCCAUCUCUGUCUGCAAUCCUGGAUGUUUCUCCACGAACAUCUUGCAGCUUCGAACGCAUGUCCCCGAUUCUGUCGCCUUUGUUCACGUCCACUCUAUCCAGCCCUGGGCCCAGCCGUCGCUCUCUCCCUCUGAACCUGACUGAUCAGCACGAAGAAGACACCUCUGGGAGUCACAAAGAGUGGACAAGCUCAGUAGAAGGCAGUUUAUUCUCUCAGGGGGCGGGAGGCUGUGGAAGUGCCACCAGAGUCACCGGUGCAACAGAAAAGGAUCAGAGGAAUACAAAAAGGAAGUUGGUGUGUGCGAACCUCGGCCUGAGCGAACAGAAUCAGAUGCAGACGUACAGAUGCACCAAUGAGACAGGGGCCAGCCAAGAUUAUCUGCUGUCUUCAGAUGAAGCUCUCCGGAGACAGGAGGAGAUCUGGCAGCAGGAGGUCGAAGAGUCUCUCUCCUUCUGUAGGUCACUUUCUCAUCCGUCCAGACCGAAACACGUCGACUUCUUGCGCAUCACUGCUCCUGAAGAUGACAUCACGGAUACACCUGCACCCACACCUCUCCCCCCGGAGUUCAGGUCGGAGGCUUCCACGCCAGGGGAGGGAGAAGAACGAACUCCUGGUCGUCUACAAGCCGUCUGGCCACCACUCAAGGAGGAAAAGGUUGGGCUCAAGUAUACAGAAGCAGAGCAUCAGGCUGCUCUCCUGCAGCUGAAGAGAGAAUGCAAAGAGGAGCUGGAGAAGUUACAGGAGGACUAUGGUCAGGAACUCUCCAGACUACGGCUGGAAAAUGAGGACAGAGUCACCCGUCUGGAGUUCACUCUGGCUGAGCUGCAGGCCAAGCUCUCCCAGUUUGGGACCCACCGUCGAGGGGAGUUCAGAGAUGUCGCUGUAUCCACUGGAGAUGACUGUUUACAAAAAUCUUUCCGCACCGUCUGCAUCCAGACGGACAGAGAGACCUUUGUCAAAACUCCAGAGGAUGGAGAGGGGACAGGGAGGGCGUGCGCGAGUCCUCAGCAGCAGAAGGUGACCCCGAAAAAGCUGGACCUGGCCUCUAUCAGCCUCAGCCUGGCCGGUCAGAGGAACGAUACAAUGUCCUCCUCUUCAUCGCCUGUCCCGCCAUCCCAAGCGCUUCCUCCUCCCGGAGCCACGCUAUCUCUAACAGAACCCUUUCAAACGACGUUGACAAACAAAACAGACAAUCUCCCUCCUCCACCACCACCUCCGCCCUGUUUGUCAUCACCCCCAAACCAAAUGCAGACAUCAAAUGGCCCUCCACCACCACCACCACCGCCGCCACCCCCACCUCCUCCAUCCGUGCCAGGCUUAGCUCCCCCACCUCCUCCUCCUCCAGGUGGGGGUUUCAUAUUGGAUAAACCUCCCAGGAAACCGGCCGUGGAGCCUUCCCAACCAAUGAAACCUCUUUACUGGACCAGAAUCCAGAUCCAGAACAACAACAGCAACACACUGUGGAACGUUUUAGAGGAACCAGAUAUAAUAAAUACCAGUGAGUUUGAGGACCUCUUCGCCAAAACCACCACACAGACCAAGAGGAAGCCGCUGUCUGAGGCUUAUGAGAAGAAAGCCAAAGCCAGGAAGAUCAUUAAGCUGCUGGACGGUAAGCGCUCUCAGGCCGUUGGCAUCCUCAUAUCAAGCCUCCACCUGGAGAUGAAAGAUAUACAGCAGGCUGUACUGACUGUGGACCACUCUGUGGUGGACCUGGAGACCAUUGAAGCACUGUAUGAAAACAGAGCUCAGCCCGAGGAGCUGAAGAGGAUCAAGAACCACUACGAGACGUCAGAGGAAGAGGAAGUUAAACUCCUGGACAAACCCGAACAGUUCCUCUAUGAGCUGUCUCAGAUCCCGGACUUCGCAGGAAGAGCUCACUGCAUCAUCUUCCAGUCAGGGUUCAUCGAUGGGAUCGCGUCCACCCAACGCAAGCUCAACACAGUCUCCUCAGUCUGUAAGGCUCUGCUGGAGAGUAAUGAUGUGAGGGAGGUGAUGGGACUGGUGUUGGCUCUGGGGAACCACAUGAACGGAGGGAGCAGGACCCGAGGUCAGGCUGACGGCUUUGGCCUGGAGAUCCUCCCUAAACUCAAGGACGUCAAGAGCAGGGACAAUCGUAUCAGCCUGGUGGACUAUGUGGUGUCAUACUACCUGCACAAUGUUGACAAGAACGCCGGCACGGAGAAGAGUAUGUUCCCCCUCCCUGAACCUCAGGACGUCUUCCUGGCAGCACAGGUCAAGUUCGAUGACCUCAACAGAGACCUGAGACAGCUCGGACGAGAUCUAACAAGAUGUGAGAAAGAUGUAGAGAAGGUUUGCACUGACUCCCCCGAAGAACACCUGCAGCCGUUUAAAGACAAAAUGGAGGCUUUUGUUCUCAGUGCACGAAAAGAACACGCAGAAGCUUCCUAUCAGCUGACGACCGUGCAAAAAAGUUUUCAGGACUUGGCUCUGUACUUUGGACUGAAGCCCAAGACAGGAGAGAAGGAGGUGAUUGCUGGUCAUUUCUUCAUGCUCUGGUUUGAGUUUUGCGCCGACUUCAAAGCCAGGUGGAAGAAGGAGAACAAGAACAUCUCUAAAGAGAGGUUAAAGGAGGCUCAGCUAUCAGUGAAGAGAAUCACAGGGGAGAAGAAAGUGGAAACGAGAAAGAUCAACCCCAACAGCCUGAAAGAACGACUGCGUCAGAAAGAAGCCAACAUGUCUACAACUUAAGAGACUUAUAAGAGGAAGUGUAACAUCUCUAAUAUCAGGGUCAAUUCAGUCGCACAGCCACCUUUUCCUGGCUCUCAGUUUGGAUCAGACUGGACACUGGUCACCAUCAGACAUUGAUACCAAACCAACAUUUCCUCGGAAAACUUUUUUCCACAUUCUUUUGCAAAGUUCAUUUGCCUGUUGUUCUUACAUUUUCCAUGAAAUACUUGCAUUCGUCAAGUGAAAGCUUUAUGUAGUGUAAUUUGCAACUUAAAAUGUAUUUACAUGUUUUAAAGAAUUAAACAAUCUUUUGUGCAAUAAGUAGCCAUCAGAGAUAGUUUCGGCUGUGUAUAGAUUCUUACAUGACAGUCUACAAUCCUUUACCAUAUUUUUUCCACACAUGAAAUCACUGAUCAGAAGAAAAGGUGAUGUAAUAGCUUGAAAAAUGUUUUAUUUACAAGCAACACUACAAGACAUGAU